AAGAUCAAACACAAAUUUACUGUAGAUAACACAGGGGAGGAAAACAGAACAAUUUAAUUACAGUCAUGUGACUCUUAGAUGACACAGAUUAUAGAUUAAGGUUGUAGUUUGAAGUCUUAGGUUCCGCAGAUUAACAGCUAUAGCAAGCAGAACUCUGGUGUAUUUUCAAUCUGCGUGGUGACUUAUUGUCUACCAUUUUGUUUUUAAAGCAUGGCCUCGUCUAUUAAUUCCACAGAAGUUUGGUCGAACCCGAUGAUGUCAUACCGCAUGGUGCACCAGUAUCGAGGACAAGUAAAACUCGUCAUCUUCGACUGGGCCGGCACGGUGGUCGACUGCGGUGUCUUCGCGCCCGUCCAGGCCUUCACCAACGUGUUCGCUCAGGAGGGCAUCGACGUGCUCGUUGACGAAGUCAGAGCGCCGAUGGGGGCUCACAAAAGAGUGCACAUUUCUCAGAUGGUUCAGAUGGAUCGUAUAGCUGCCGCAUGGAAUGCGAAGAACGGGAAAGCCCCUACUAAAGAAGACGUAGAUAGGAUGUAUAGUAACUUCCUACCCGAACAGAUCAAAGCUCUGGAAUCCCAUGCCGAUAUAAUAACAGGCAUCCCCGACACCAUCCGAAAACUCCGAGAGGAGUACGGAAUCCGGAUCGGGACGUCGACAGGCUUUACGAGCGAGAUCAUGGACCACCUCGCCCCGAAGGCUGCCCGACUGGGAUUCGAACCCGAGUUCGUCGCCACGUCCGAUCUGGUCAAGGAAGCGAGACCGACUCCGAGCCUGAUCUUCCUUAACAUGAUGAGUUUAAAUGUCCACCCCGUCCAAGCUGUCGUGAAGGUUGACGAUACAAUAACUGGAAUCACGGCGGGGCUUGCGGCUGGUUGCUGGACAGUAGGCGUAGCCAGAACGGGUAACUACAUGAGUGCAAACGAAGAGGAACUAUCCAAUAUGGAGAAGGGCAUCCACGAUGACCGUUUGAAGAAAGCCUACAAAAUCCUCAUCGACAGUGGGGCUCAUUACGUCAUCGAUUCCGUCAAUGACAUCUUGCCUGUGAUCAAUGACAUCAACCGGCGUUUGGCGCUUGGAGAAAAACCGUGAUCGAACCAGACGUCCAUGAACAGAGUUACGAAGUGUGACGUCAUACUGGCCAAGUUGUCUAGGUGGCCGUUUUGGGGGGCUAAACAAUGGUGUGAUGAUCCCACCAGUACCAAACACUUAUUUUGCCCUGCUGCAGCCCGUUGCUUGAAUGGUUUCGCGGUGAACCUCAUGCACAGGCCCUGAUGUUUAGAAACAGUGACCUGGACGAUGGGCGAAUAUGACGUUAGCACUUCGGUACUUUAUUGAAGAAGAAUGAAUGAUUUUAGGUGCAGUAAUGACAUCACAACCUGCAUGGCCCCUGAUCAAGGGAUCGGAUGGUUGGAAGUCAUUCUCGGUAAUAGACCAUGGGGUGUUUCAUAAAGC